UCGGUUGAUCUGGGCACUGGCAAGUCGAAGCUUCCGGGUUCACAGGCUGGCUUCCCCCAGGCUGCGGAAAGAAUAGAGCUCAUUCAUCAACUACGGCAGGAGUUCUUAUUUCCUGGGCAGGGAGUCCCUCCGUUUCAGUGCCAUACACAGAUACAAGGUGCCAGUUUGCUGGAACAUGGCUGUGCAUUUGUUAGAUACACAGUAUGAUGCAGAUUCCUAUCAGAAAUACAGAUUCCCUCCCUCUGAAAAUCUCCAAAGUGUCAUCUUCUCCUACCUGGAAGAAAAGAAAGUAGACCCCGUUCGGCUGGCAGUGGAUGUCGGCUGCGGGUCGGGACAAAGCACUCACGUACUCGCCGCUCAUUUUGAGAAGGUGGUUGGAACAGACAUCAGUGAAGCUCAAAUAGAGGCAGCCAAACAAGCUGCCUCCUUCCCAAAUGUUACUUACCAUGUGUGCCCUGCAGAGGAGCUGCCAUUUGAGGAUGGUUCUGUGGACCUCAUUACUGCUUUUACAGCUGCCCACUGGUUUGAUAUGCCGAGGUUCAUGAAAGAAGUGGAUCGAGUUCUCAAGCCACAUGGCUGUGUGGCCCUUAGCACCUACACUACAGACUUCAGUAUGCACUAUAAAGACUGCUCGGAGAGGCUUACAGAAAUCUUCACUGAGACCCGGGACCUGCUUCUUAAAUAUUCAGAUGAAAAAGUAAAUCUUGUCAUUGCAGAGUAUAAAGAGGUGUUUGAGUCCGUGCCUUUUCCAGACAAGAAGAGAGUUACCCAGAUCUUAGACAAAAUUCCCAUGUCCGUUUCUGGGGUGAUCGGGCUAUUCCAGUCUUUCUCCAUGUAUCAAGCCUUUCUGAGGAGUGACCCUGAAGCAGCAAAAUCCCUCCUCCAAAAAACUGAACAAAGGUUCCUGGAGACCAUGGGAGUUUGCUCUAAUGAAACCCAGGUGCCAGUUUGCUGGAACAUGGCUGUGCGUUUGUUCGAGGCACAAGAUCAUGCAGUUUCCUAUCAGAAAUACAGAUUCCCUCCCCCUGAAAACCUCCAAAGUGUCAUCUUCUCUUACCUGGAAGAAAAGAAAGUAGACCCCAUUCGGCUGGCAGUGGAUGUCGGCUGCGGGUCGGGACAAAGCACUCGCGUACUCGCCGCUCAUUUUGAGAAGGUGGUUGGAACAGACAUCAGUGAAGCUCAAAUAGAGGCAGCCAAACAAGCUGCUUCCUUCCCAAAUGUUACUUACCAUGUGUGCCCUGCAGAGGAGCUGCCAUUUGCAGAUGGCUCUGUGGAUCUCAUUACUGCUUUUACAGCUGCUCACUGGUUUGAUAUGCCGAGGUUCAUGAAAGAAGUGGAUCGAGUUCUCAAGCCACAUCGCUGUGUGGCCCUUAGCACCUACACUGCAGACUUCAGUAUGCACUAUAAAGACUGCUCUGAGAGGCUUACGGAAAUCUUCACUGAGACCCAUGACCAGCUUCUUAAAUAUGCAGAUGAAAAAGUAAAUCUUGUGAUUGCAGAGUAUAAAGAGGUGUUUGAGUCCAUGCCUUUUCCAGACACGAAGAGAGUUACCCAGAUCUUCGACAAAAUUCCCAUGUCCGUUUCUGGGGUGAUCGGGCUAUUCCAGUCCUUCUCCAUGUAUCAAGCCUUUCUGAGGAGCGACCCUGAAGCAGCAAAAUCCCUCCUCCAAAAAACUGAACAAAGGUUCCUGGAGACCAUGGGAGUUUGCUCUAAUGAAACCCAGGUAGAGAUUGGGAUAAGGAGUGCUUGUGUUCUGGGCUGCAAAGGGCCAUGAAUGAAAAAUCCAGCAAUGACCCUAUAGCCAGAAGAAAAAUCCUGGUUUUGGUAUCUACUUAUAACUGAUGUUAUCAUCUUUAAAAUAUUUGAUUAAGAUCCCAAUAAAGUCAAUGGCAAAA